GUAAUGCUAACAUUUUCGUGGACGGGUAAGCGAAAGAAAAAGAGCGAUGCGAGCGAUCAGGCAAUGGCAGUUUCCAAACAUCGCUCCACAUCGGACCAUGAUUCGUCUGAACCGUCUGUAAGCCGCUCCACUACAUCAACGGGAUCUAUCCAUUUUGGACAAACAACAUCAUACACAUCGACACUUGGAGGACGUUUCAAGGAAGCUGAAUACUCGGGACGUCUCCUACUUCACGGCUUGAGGCUUUCUGAGUUUCCGAUUGAAGCUUUCUCGAAUAUUGCGCUUCUGGACACUGUAUUUCUUGACCUCCACGACAACCGAAUGUCCACACUGCCAGCUGACUUUUCAGCUUUCGACUGCCUGAUCUCAUGCAUUGCCAGCUCGAACCGUUUUCGAACAAUUCCUACGUGUAUAUGCUCCCUCGAACAACUUACUUUUAUUGAUUUUAGCUCCAAUGACAUUUCUCAUCUUCCGGAUGGUUUGUUUGAUCUUCCACUCAAAGCUCUAAUUCUUGCAAACAAUAAGAUAACAUGCAUCCCAGAAGGCAUUCGACGUCUGGCUCCAACGCUUGCACAUUUGGACUUUUCUAAAAACGACAUACGAAGUCUACAAUCACAACUGAGAUACCUGACAUCGUUGGAAGUUCUGAAAAUCUCCAGAAACCGUGUCGAGGAUUUUCCAGCGGAAUUGUGUUCUUCGCUGAAAUUGCGCACUUUGGAUCUCUCGCAUAACAAUUUAUCAUACUUGCCGGCUGACUUUGUCAAAAUGACUGAUCUCCGUUACCUGCAACUAGAAUGCAAUCCAUUAAGAAGCCCAUCCAUGGAUAUUAUUGAAAUGGGCAUCGUGCACAUAUUCAAGUGGCUCGAUGGUAGAACAUCUGCUUGCUCAACUACAUCAAAUGGCUCAAAUGAUGUUCUAUUGGAUCGAAAGCGCACAACGACAGCAUCGACGACAAUUGUCGCCGAAAAACAUCCACCGCAUAACGAAUCGAGGGCUACGCGUAACCCUCCUGAACCAGUCAAACAUGUUCAACAUGACCACCGACCAGUGAACGGAAAUCUUAAUCAUCGACCGAAAGAAUUAGUCGAGUCCCGGACAAUCACCUCCGUACAUGCAAAAUCCCAUAAUGUACAGAUUGUUCAAAACAAGAUUUCGUCCGUUCCAUCUCAUUUGCCAACAAGCAACGGUGGAAAAGAGAAUUUACGGCAGAGUACUCCGGAUGAGCAAAACAACAACAAUAAUAACAAUAAUGAUAACGAAAAAUCCAAAUUAAGCAGCAGCAGCUUGUCGAGUCCUGGAAUGGGUAAAAAGCCCAUUUCCAAAGUGGCACCUAUGCCAAAACCAACACCCCGCCCAAUUGCUACAAAUGGGAACGUUCAAACUAAAAUUGGAACUGUUCGUCGCCCCAAUCCGAUACAGAGUACAACUGUCACAAGAUCCACAAACACUGCAACUGUCAAAAAGGAAAUCCCCGUGAAAACUACCAAAAUUGCAUCCGCAAUUUCUCGUAGAUCAGAAGAGCCAGCUGCUCAAAAAAUUGCAAGCAAACCGAUCACUUCAAGUGUGACAAACCUGAAUAAGUCAGGACUUCGCGCUCCUGCAACUGGUAUAGCGAAUGACGUGGAGAGUGCAAGAAAGUUGAUGAGAGAAAAACUGGGACCAACGUUUUCCCUGAAUAAGGGUGACAUUAGUUUCAGCUUGCAGUUGUCAGACGGGCAAGAACUUUGCAAAUUCAUAAAUAAACUUCAUCCGGAAUCAAUCUCUCUUGCGUCUUCAACAGAUUCGUCAAUUGCUACUACUCGAUCCAAAAUGAACGUCGAUAGAUUCCUACAGUAUUGCAGAAAAAUUGGAGUUCCAGAGACCACAUUGUGCUCUCAGAUGGACAUAAUCUCAAAAAGAAACCCUCAAAAAGUAGCUCGCACAGUUCUCACCGUCGCAAAACUUCAACAACUUCAAUCGUCUAAUUCCAUUCAAUGUUAAUCUACCUUUACUCGGGUAGUGAUUAAUAAACGUUUUCAUAUCUU